AUGUCUUAUAAUAAUAAUACAACCACUGCUACGAAACGAAGUCGUUUAUCGUCAUCUCACUCAACGCAAAAUAAACAUCGUCGUACAUCCGCUUCAGCCAUAUUGAUUGACCAUGAAACAGAAUUAAAUUCUGAGACAAUUAAAGAACAAUUGAAUGAUACAGAUGAUAUUAUGACCGAGCCAAUUAUUGAAGUACCGACAAAAAGAUUGUUACAAUUAAAAGAAGUUGGCGGAAAUUUAUUUGUAUCAUCUACAACAAACAUUUAUUCAAAAACAUUACAAAAACUUUUUGAUCGUGUUUUAUUUACAAAAUCGUUGAACAAUGACGUCAGUACUACGCGUGAUGAAUCUUAUGUCUUCGAACGUGUUUUGAAUCGUGUGGAUGAUAAUGAUGAUUAUUAUCAGUUUGGAGGUGCAACGGCAAAAUCAUCAUCACAAUCAUCGAUUAAUAUUCUUAUAUUAGGCAAUAGUUCAUCCGAACAUGCUAUCGUUUGGAAAUUAAAGCAAAAAAGUCGGCAAAAAGGAUCAUCUCAUCGUGACUAUCGAAUAUGGUGUUCACCUGGCAAUGUGGGAACUGAUAUGGAGGGCGGAAAAAAUGUUGAUCUGUCAAAUCAAGACUGUCAUGGAUUAGUUCAAUUUAUUGAAGAAAAAGAAAUUGAUUUAGUUAUAUGUGUGUCAAAACAAUUUUAUGUCCAAGAUUUAGAUGAAUAUUUAUUAAAUGGUAAUAAUGAGAAUAUUUGUUGUGAUUAUUUUGGUUUAACAAAAACAACAAUGAAAUUUGAACAAGAACAAUUGUUUGCAAAAGAAUUUUGUGCUAAACAUUCCAUACCCACAUUGAAAUGGAAACAUUUAUUAAAUGAACAAGAUGCACAAAAUUAUAUCAAACAAAAUUCUGAUCAUCCAAACUGGAUAAUUCGUGCUACGCAUAGUAAUGGAAAAAUUUUGUGUAAAACAAAUGAUGAUGCAUUUAAUACAGUUAAAUCAGUUUUUGAUGAUAAUUUGUUUGGUAAAUUGAAUCGUUCUAUUAUUGUUGAACACGGUUAUCCUGAAGAUGAUUCAACUCUUCAUGUAUGUCUCGUUUUUAUGUUUUGUGAUGGUGAAGGUGACUAUUAUCAAUUUCCAAUUGUCGAAUGUGAUCCACAUCGAAUGGGUACUUAUGGACCAUGUCCAUUUAUCAAUAAAAAACAACUCAAAUAUAUACGAAAACAUUUAAUUGAAAAAACAUUAAGAAAAUCAUCUGGAACAGGAAUUAAAAAUUUAUUUGGAUUAAAAUUACUUGUGAACGGUAGUCAAGAUGAGAAUAUUAAAGUAUUAGAAUAUGUAUCAUGUUUGCAAGAACCUGAAUGCGAAGUAUUAUUAUCGUUAUUUGAUGGAACGGUGAAUGAAUUUUAUGAUAUGAUAAAACAAUGUUCACAAGGAUGUCUGGAUUUAUCUGCUAUUAAACCUUAUGAUCAACGUCCAAAAAAACAUUCAGUAAACAUCACCAUUACAUCUUUGUUCACAUCAGGUACAUUAUCAAAUAAUUUAUUAUUGGCUUCAAAUGAUAAACGAUAUAAACUGUUUCAUAAUCAAACACAAUUGGUACCAAAUACGAACGAUGAUGGUGAUGAACAUCAACACAAAUAUUCAAUUACAUCAUCAGGCGAAAGAAUAUUGAAUAUAAUGGGACAAGGACAGACGUUAGCUGAUGCAAAACAAGCGUGUUUAGACGGAUGUGAACAUGUAAAAGUACAACAAAAAAUGGAUAAUAUCUAUGUGAAACAAGAUAUUGCUCACCAAGCAUUAGAAUGGUACAAGAAUCAUGUUGAAGAUCAUCAUUUUGGUGGUACAUUAGUGAACGGUGUCAAGAAAAAAACUGCUAAUGCUACUUCUACCCACGUUGACGAAGAUUCACAUGAUGAAGCUGAACCAAUGGAAGAGGAUGAACAAUUUCAGAUGGAAUACCAUUUCAACUGUGAUUUUGAUGCAAAUGAUGCUACGGAUCCUGCAUCAUCGUUGACAAUGCAAAAGAUCGAACCUAUCGAAAUUGAACAAAGUUUGUUAGGUGAAAAAUAUUUUGAAAUUUCAAAAUCGAAAUUAAAUGAUUCGAAAUGCGCAGAAGCUAUACUCAUAUCAGCAGCAACGAAUAUUAAUAUGAAAGCAAUGCUUUUCAAUUUGAAUACUGAUGAAAUCGGUGAAACACUUGGUUUCGAUUUAGUUGGCCAGUGUUGUAAUGAUUUGUUAACGAAGGGUUGUGAACCUUUGUAUUUUCAAUCAAAUUCAAUAUUUGGUGGUAUAUUACCUACUAGUAGCCAAAAAUUUGUUCAACAAUUUUAUUCGGGUAUCGAACAGGCGUGUAAACAAGCAAAUUGUAAACAUGUACAAAGUCCAAUUCCGUUAAAUUCCGUCUCACCAUUAUCACAGUUAACAUUAUCAGGUUCAUGUGUUGGUUGUUGUCAACGUAAUGAGCUGUUGCCAAAUGAUUCUUUUCAAAUUGGUGAUUCAAUAAUUGGUCUAUUGUCACCGUCCGCUUCACAAAUCAAUCUAAAUGGUUAUACUACACUUAAACAAAUAUUUGUGAAGAAAAAUAUUCAAUUUGAUGAACUCUAUCCCGAAGGAACACACGGAGAAACAUAUUAUUCACUUUUAAGUCAAAAACCAAAGUUGUAUUCACAAAUGAUAUUACCAUUAAUCAGAGAAGGAAAAAUUAAAGCGUGUGCAAAUGUAAAAGAUCUUGGUCUAUACGGCACUCUUAUUCAACUAUUGAAAGAAUCAUCUCUUGACUUAUCGGCAGAAGUUGAUGCAAGUUCAUGGCCUGUUCAUUCAUUCUAUGAUUGGAUCUAUCAACAUGGUGGUUUUGGUCCAGAAGAAAUGUUUCAUCAUUUCAAUGUUGGUAUCGGUCUGAUUCUUAUAGUCGAUAAAGCAAAACAUUUGGAAAUAUUGAAAUUACUGCACGAUUCGUUUCAAAUUGGAACUAUUAAAGCAUUGCCACCUAUUUCAAAAAGUCAAAAAUCUACGCAACAACAUCGUUCUCGUGUUCAUAUAAAAAAUUAUUCAUUUCAAAAGCUGACAAAAUCCAUUCAAAGCUUUCAUCCGAAAACAUUAAUACCACAAUCGAAAAUGAAACAAGAGAAAAAACGUGUCGCUGUACUCAUAUCAGCAAAUGAUACAACGUUGCUACCGUUAAUAGACUAUAGUUUAACCAAUGUGACAUGUUCAUAUGAAAUUUGUCUUGUUAUUUCGACUGUUUACGGAUUAGCUGAUGUGCUCAAAGCAAAUGAACAAUAUAAAAUAAUAACUAAAGUUGUUCAACCAAAGAAAUAUGUCCAACGUCAUUUUGAUAUGGAUAAAAUAAUCGAUGAUGAAUUACAAAUGAAUCAUAUUGAUUAUGUUUGUUUUGAUCGUUAUGAAGCAAAUUUAUCACAAACAUUUCUUCAAUUCUGGAAAGGUCGUUUAUUGAAUAUUCAUCCAUCAUUAUUACCAGCAUUUCGAAAUGGAAAUCCAUACAAAGAUGUACUCUCGAAUGGAGUGAAAAUUACUGGAUGUACAGUUCAUUUUGUCGAAUUGGAUGUUGAUUGUGAGCCAAUUAUUAUUCAAGAAUGUUUGUAUGUAAAUUCGUCGGAAACCGAAGAAACUCUUGAGGAUCGUUUACAUCAGAUAGAACGUGAAUUAUAUCCUCGUGCAUUGAACCUAAUUACAUCACAAGCAAUUAUAUAUCAAGGCAAAAAUAAGCCAUUUAAUUUAACCAGGCAAUUCAGUACGACAUCGACGUUUUUUGCUGUUCCUACUGUCACUCCACCUGCUUUUCCAAAAAAGAAGCCAUUUUUUGAGCGUAAUUUGGUUAAAGUCAAUGAUCAUCAUACAAAAUUGAAGCUGCAUGUUGAUGAUGUGAAUGCAAUAACUGAACAUCACACGCCAGGUGAAUUACGCCAUUUACAACGAUUAGAAGAAAUUAAAUUGAAUAAACAUGACGCUGGCUUCAUAUUCAAAAAGUCAUUGAUCUACAUUAUACCAGUAACCAUUUUCUAUACUGUAUUGAGUGAUGGUUAUCAAUUUUGUAUUGCAAGUGCUGAUCGAAUGGAGCUCUAG